CAUUAAUGCUGGUGUAUGGCAUACAACAUUUUAUAGUACAGGGAGGGGUACGUUUAUAGAUCGAACGCGAACGAUUGUCUUGGUAGACGUUAUCUACGGGCUACUCCCCGAUCCAACUCUCGAACUGUGAAGUACUGGGGUCUUUUAGUUCUUAUACAACUACACGACAUUCAAUUCUUUGGAGUCAGUGAAACUCGACUCGUUGUGUCCGACGCACUUUGUUUUUUUAUUUAUUCCCUGGUUUUAAGUUUUAUGUUAUAAAUUAGUGUUGCUGCUGAUUUUACGGCUAGAUUGGUUAAUUGAGUUGAACGCACCAAGAUUAUUCGAGUAUAACUUUAUUGCUAAUUAAACUUCUUUGCUAUGAGGAACUUCCUGCCGACGAUCCUAUUGAUAGGGUCGCUCGGAACCGCCGAGAUAAGUUCGGAGGUUCUCGAAACAAUAGCGCAAUGGCCUGUGUUGGACUACGCAUUGCCGUAUGACCGGGAAUACCUAGCCCAAUUUCGCCCUGAGAAUGUCGUUCCAACAGGAUUCGAAGUAUCAGAGCACAGAAUAUUCAUCGCCACUCCCCGAAUCCGAGCUGGUGUUCCCGCGACUCUGAGUGUGAUUCCUCGUGACUUACCACUGGGAAGCAGUCCACAAUUAGACGCCUAUCCCUCGUGGGAUUGGCAUGGCGCUGGUAAAGGUAACUUCAACUGCUCCGGGCUGAUAUCUGUCUACAGAAUCCGCAUCGAUAAAUGCAACAGGUUAUGGGUCCUCGACAGUGGAAUCAACACCUCCGUCGACGACUUCCAGGUCGUUUGUUCGCCAAAACUCCUUGUUUUCGACCUCCAGACUGAUCAACUUGUUCGCCAAGUCAUCUUCCCCCGCGAAGUUCUAAGACCUGAUACACUUCUUACUAACCUUGUGAUAGAUGACACUGAAGCUCGUACUUGCGAUGACGUCUUUGUUUACAUUACAGACACUGUUGGCCCUGGACUUCUUGUGUUCGAUGGAACUGCUGACAGAAGCUGGCGGUAUGUUCACGCAUCAAUGCUUCCAGAUCCAAAUUUUUCUACUUAUCGGAUCGGCUCUGACACAUUCGAAUUGUUUGACGGAGUAGUAGGAUUGACAUUUUCUCCAAGAGAAAACUUGGUAUACUAUCAACCUCUGGCGACAGAUCGUAUCUUCAGUGUAUCUUCAUUAGUAUUAAAAGCUGGUCCCCUGCCAUUCGGACAGCCACUUCCGGUAACAGUAGUUGGGAAAAAGUCCAGCCAAGGAUUAGCAUUAGCAGUUAAUCAACGUGACAAUUCAUUAAUCUUCUCUCCUUUCACGGAAACGGCGAUAGCCAGCUGGAGCCCUGCGACUAACAAACAGCGUGUCCUCGCAUUCAGCGCCGAAAAAUUGCAAUUCGUUGCUGAAUUGAUGUGGUACGAACGCGACAAUGGAAACAUUUGGAUUUUAUCUUCGAGAUUUCAGAAGUAUUACAACCGUCAAGUUAAUCCGCAGGAAAUUAACCCUCGGCUUCUGAGAAUAAGAUCAAAAUCUCCUUUAUUAGUGCCACCAAGUAUUUACCAUUACAAUCCCCACUUCCCAAUUAAUAUUUACAACAACACUUUAACUCAUUCAUAUACGGGAACAGUUUUUGCAAUAAAUAUGCUCGUAAAUAUCUUGUCAUUUAUGUUUUUGUCAAGUUUAUAUUUCACAACUGUCAGCUCUGCGGGAAAGUUUGAGACUGUGUACAAAUGGUAUUGGGUAGACUACUUGUGGGAGAGCGAAACACAAAGACUUGCUUCUAUAAUUACCGGUGAAUAUAAUUAUACUAAACCGGUGAUUAUUGAUGUUGACGUUUGGAAAGAUAAAAAAGUAUUUGUAACAGUGAUAAGAACUGAUGGAGUUCCCGCAAGCUUAACAACAAUCUCAGGAAAAAUCGGAGGAGGUGGUCCCCUUUUAAAACCGUACCCUAAUUGGAGUUGGGCAAGAAAAGGCGACUGUAAUUCAAUAACCAGCGUGUUUCGAGUUGCGAUUGAUGAAUGCGAUCGCCUUUGGGUGCUCGAUACAGGAAAAAUAAACGAAGAACACGUUUGUCCGGCACAAUUACUGGCGUUCGAUUUAAAAACAGACAUUCUGAUAAAGAGAGUUAAAAUUCCUCGUGACAUAGCAAUAAAUAUUGUUACGAAAAAAGGUUUAUUGGUAACGCCAAUUGUGGAAACUCAAGGAGUUUACUGUUCUAAGACAUUUGUUUACAUCGCAGAUGUUACUGGCAAUGCUUUGAUAAUUUACAACGGUACAAGCCUUUGGCGAAUUGAAUCGCCGAUUUUCCAGCCUCAAGAAGCAGCAGCGAGUGUUACAAUUGCUAAUGAAACUUUUUAUCUCGAUGACGGAGUUUUGGGAAUGGCGUUGAGCCCAAAAUCGUCCAAAAAUUCGCGACAACUUAUUUUGCGACCUCUAGCAUCCUUUGACAUUAUUUCAGUGGAAACUUCAAGCCUGCAUAAAUCAUAUGCCAAUGAACCGAUACGAUACACGGUAGUAUCAAGAGCGUUACCCAGUCAAGCGGCAGCAAUGGCUUUCUCCAGCGGUGGAACACUUUUUUUUGGACUCCCUCAUGAUCUUGCAAUGGCUUGCUGGAAUAUUAAUAAGCCGCUUACGAGAGAUAAUAUCGUAGUAAUUGAUAGGGAUCACAACGAUUAUCAGUUUGUAAGCGGUGUUAAAGUUAUUCCUUCGAGAUUCACGAAGAGAUAUGAAGAAUUAUGGAUUGCGACUAAUAGAUACCAAAAAAUAGCAUUAGAAACUCAGAAUUUUAAUGAGAUUAAUUUUAGAAUUAUGAAGAGUCCUGUUGAUAAUUUAAUUAAAGGAACUAAUUGUAACAAUGGUUUUAAUUUUAAAUUUCUUUCGGAUUAUAAUUUAGCGUUUUCUAAUUAUUUUUAA